AUGCAGGUCUGCCUAGACUCGGAUUCAAACGUUAAUCCAGUAUUCCAGCCAGCCCAAGUCCGCAACCAAAAGUUCAUACGUGCGAUGCAGUGAAUCCAACUUUCACCGUAUCCUCGCUGCUCGGGCCAAACAGCCAAUCCUCCCCUCCGGGGAUGGCACGAAGCCCUUUUGCUGUACUUGCUUGUUGACGCCCGGCAGGGCACAGGAGAGCAAAUUCCCGUCUCUGCCUAUCAGUCCAGCGACCACAACCUGCCCCUCUACCGUCCCUACCCUCUCCGAGUCGACUCAGCCCCCGCCCCUCCCUCACUCGCUCCAAGUUACAAUUAUUAAAUCAUUUAUUUUUAUUUAAAAAAAUGCCUGUCCCUCCCCAUUAAUCCUCUCUGUAGUAGUGUGUUGUUUUUUUAAAGAAUUAUUUUUUUUUCUUUUCUAUAUACAUAAAUUUUAGUAUUUUGUUCGAAGGAACCUUGUUUUGACGGGAUCCGCGUUACGAUGACUCACUGAGUUCCGACUCCGAGCCGACCGAUGAGGCUUAUCUCACCCUCGCCCCACCGACACGAGGGCCAGAUCCGCCUCCCAUGUCCUCCUCCUUCUCCGCCGUUCGCCCCCUCCGUCUCCCGCCGCCGUGCCCCCACCUCGCGGCCUACCGCUCCGGAGGCGGGACGCCCCUCCGGUGCCUCCACGGCUGCCUCUGCCCCCGCCCCUCCGGCCGCGCCGAGGUCCGCCGCGACCCCGGCGAGGUACCCCGCUGUGCCUCCUGCCCCCCGGCCGCCGCCCGCCACGGCCCCCGCCUCUACGCUUGCCUCUCCUGCGCCGCCGUCUCUUGCCGCGCCCACGCUCCCGACCACGCCACCCUUGUCCCCGGCCACGAGAUUGUCCUCGACGUCGACCGUGCCGAGCUCUUCUGCGCCGCCUGCCGGGAUCAGGUCUACGACCCCGAUUUCGACGCCGCCGUCGUGAUCGCCCUCACCUCCCUAUCGUCCUCCCGCCUUCCGCCACGCCCGCCGGAGAAGCGGGCGAAGCGGCGGAGGGUGGAAUAUCGGUCGUGGGCACCGGAUCCGAAUGAGCGGGCGGUGAUCGGGCAGAGGUCGAGCCCGUUGAUCGUCCAAGAAGGCAACGCCUCCUCCACCACCACCACUACCGCUAACUCCACCACCACCACCACCUCCACCUCCUCCCCCUCCUCCUCCGUCUCCUCGCCCUCUUCUUUGCCGUGGGGACUGAGGGGUCUUAACAACCUCGGCAACACCUGCUUCAUGAACUCGGUGCUCCAGGCGCUGCUCCACACGCCGCUGCUGAGGAACUACUUCUUGAGCGAUCGGCACAGCCGCUACGUUUGCCAGCAGAAGGACAAAAAGAAGGGUGGGAGCAAAGAGAAGAGCAAUGUGGCCGAGCAGAAAAAUCCGGCCGGCGGUUCGCCGCCGUGCCUGGCCUGUGAUCUGGACGCAAUGUACUCGGCCGUUUUCUCCGGCGAUCGGAAGCCUCUCAGCCCUGCCAAGUUUCUUCAUAGUUGGUGGCAACAUGCAUCAAAUCUUGCUAGUUAUGAACAGCAGGAUGCACAUGAGUUUUUCAUUUCCAUUCUUGAUGGGAUCCAUGAAAAGGAGCAAGAUCAAUGCAAGCCUUGCAGUAAUGGCAAUGGGGACUGCUGCAUUGCUCAUAAAGUGUUCUCUGGUAUCUUAAGAUCUGAUGUCACUUGUACUAUCUGUGGGUUUACAUCUACCACUUACGACCCUUGUGUGGACAUCUCUCUGGACUUGGAUUCUAGCCAGGAUCCUAUGAAGAUAGCUACCUCGAAACUUCAAGCAUGCAAGAGUAAGAUAGAAUCGAUGUUAACAAGCCAAUGCUAUGGAAUUUCUACCCUCAGGGGAUGUUUGGAGCACUUUACGAGGCCAGAAAAAUUAGGAGCUGAUCAGAAAUUCUUCUGUGAAAACUGUCAAGCGAGGCAAGAAUCCGUGAAGCAGAUGUCCAUUAGAAAGAUUCCAUUGGUCGCUUGCUUUCACAUUAAGAGAUUUGAGCACUCUUUAAUUAGGAACAUGUCGAGAAAGGUCGACCGCUAUCUACAGUUCCCACUCUCCCUAGACAUGGCCCCGUACCUCUCAUCUUCCAUCUUGACGGCUAGAUAUGGCAACCGCAUAUUUGCUUUUGAUGGGAAUGAUUCAGAUGAAGCUACUGAGUUGGCUUCAGAUCUUGAACUAUUUGCAGUGCUGACCCACAGCGGUAAUUUAGAAGCUGGCCAUUACAUAACUUAUCUGAGGCUCAAUAAUCAGUGGUAUAAAUGUGACGAUGCAUGGGUGACUCAUGUCAGUGAAAGUAUCGUGAGAGCUUCACAGGCAUAUAUGCUGUUCUACGUACAGAAAAUCCUCUACUACAAGGCAAGCCAGGAUGUGGGUUGACUCUUGAAUUACCCAUGGAAAGGUGGUCGUAAAAAGGCUCCAGCUGGGACAAGAGUUACAAGAGAGGGCCAUGGUUGUUAAAUCUUGGAAGUGCUGAUUUGGCUAUGGGGAUAGUUUGCCAUUUUAUACAACUGAAAUAGGUACAUUUAGUUAUUGGCUCAAGCUGACUAAUUCUUUUUAACCAAUGAGUCGUCCCUGAUUGAUACAGCGUGACAAAUGUAAUAGAUCUCUGAUCUUUGUGGAAGUAUAUUCUAAACUCCCUUGCAAGAUUUAAGGGAACCUAAAUUUUUGAGGUGUUCCUAUCAACAAUAGGACACUUGAUCAUAAAUGAGUAGUUGAUUAUGACUCUUUGGCAUCA